GUACAACUUCUUAGAAGUGUACAACACUCAUCUGCGAGAUGCAGGGACACAGGAUUCUCUCCAGAUGUCCUACCGCAAGUUGAGGGAUGCAGUCAUAGCCUUUUUGCAGCUUCUGUCUGCAGACUUUAGCUGGGGAUUCAAAUGUCCCAUCUGCCAAGAUAACUUCAAUCACAGAACGAGAACUUUGAUUCCUGAGCCAGACCUCCGUAAGCUGCUGCAGCGCUACAGUGCAGACGGGCUCCUCCCUGGAGAACACAGGGAAAUGAUGUCACAGAGUGCCAAAAGCGCCCCAUUCCUCCUGCCCCUUUUGCAGAAGCUGGCCCUGACUUCACCCACACACGCAAGUGAGCCCUACCGCCCUCUCUUAACACAAGUCAGCAAGAACUCCCCUGCCUGUGCUCUGCUACAUCCCAGUAAAGAACUCGGGGAGUUGAUGUCAGAGAUGGAGGGAUUGAAGUACUGCCGGAUCGAGCGGCAACCAGCACUUUUAGGGAAACUUGCCAAGGAAUGCCCUUUGUUUUUUAGCUUGGUUGGGAUGGAAGGGACUUUUCCUCAGGAGGUGGUACCCAUCUUUCAGUACCUCUAUAAAAAGGCACUGGAAACAGUGUCCACACCUCCGGUCUCGACACCCCUAACUUCCCCAGAGGAUCCUGGGCAUUACUUCCCCAAUCUGCCUCCUGUGAGAGACAGAGGCUUGUACACUACAGACAAGUGUAAAAAGGAGGCCAGUGACUGUAGGAAGACAGCAGGCAGACACCCUAACCUGAUCCCUGGCAUAUUCACCCUGUUCUGCACACAUGGUGUUUGUCUUGGGUUUUCAAUAAUGGAGCAAGUGGAGUCGGUGAACGUGCCGUUUACCAUACUCCGGACACGUUUUCGACAAUGCCCCAAGACAGUCGUAUAUGACAACGCCUGUCAGCUGCAAACCUACUGCUUGCGGAGGGACCCAGGUUUUUUUAGAGAGACUUGGUUUCUUGUGGAUCGUUUGCACUGGCGCAACCACUCUGGGUGUAACAUUGGAUACAAUCUGGACAGCUAUCCUCAGUUCCAGAAAAUAAAUUCUCAGGUGGCAGAGCAGAAUAACUCGCUCUUGAAGAAGAUGAAAGGACAACUGUCCUACAUGAACAGGGAGAACUUCAUCAGGCAUCUGAUGCUCUUCCUGUGGCACAGAUCAUGCAAAGUCAUUACAAAACUUUGAGGUAUGUAAUGACUUGGAGCAAUACACCCAAGACCAUCAACCAAAAGAUAUCGGCAGCCAACUCAACCACAAUAUGUCAAAAGUCAUUUUUCCAUCUGUAUUGUUUAUUUUCCCAUUUUAAGUGUUUGUUUAAUCAACUUGUUUCAUUGGCCCUGUUACAUAAACAAAUUAA